UGCCACUACGACCGACCGCGCGCUGGGUUGGCUAGCAAGCGACGAAGAGGCUAGACAGAAAUGGCGGUGACGGCAAGGCGAACAGCAUGAAGUGCUGAUGCAUUACAUGGAUCAAAACUUACGACUGCCAGGACACCGUUGGGAAAAUGACAAUGAUGUCGAAGUAGGACGCCUUUUGUAACGGCCAUUACAAACCUACAACACCUUCCCGGGAGAAUUUUCAUCUUGUCAGUGGAGGAGAGGAAAUCUCACCGGGAGCAUGGCUUCUUACAGCAACCAGUACAUCUUCGGGGAAUUCAGCCCUGAUGAGAUCAAUCAGUUUUUUGUGACACCACGAUGUUAUGUCGAGCUUCCUCCGUUCAAUGACAAAGUCCCGUGCGUCAGUCAGUCUUCUGGAAGUUACUGCACUCCUGCUGUACCUUAUAUUAUGGAGUCUAUGGGACUGCAGGUUUGCGCAGAAGACUAUCAGCGCAUUGAGUUUGGUGUUGACGAGGUGAUGGAUUCCAAGCCCGUUGGAGUGAACGAUCCUUUAUUCAAGGUGUCGAGCACCCUCAACCCCCAAGCUCCAGAGUUCAUCCUGGGCUGCCAGUCGGCCCAGAAGGCCCAACAGAUGGCUCCUCCAGCAGCUGAUGUCCCUGAUGGAACUGACUUCAACUCGCUGGAUGGCCCUGACUUGGAGGCCUCAGCCCUGGACAAUCACCAGGCCUGCCAGGACAUGGACGGACUCCCUGGCAGCCUGGGACAGCGAGAGAGGAAGAAAAAGAAAAAGCGACCGCCAGGGUAUUACAACUACCUGGACCCGUUAACUGGCAGCAGCAGCAGUAGCAGCAGCAACAACAGCAGUAGCAGUGCAGCAGAUGGGACGUCUGUGACAGCACUUGUGAACGGACAUGCAAUGGGUGGCCCACUCCACAGUGCUGAAGAUGUGGACAGUAAGGCAUUGUCGGGGGCUGAACUUUCCACCCCUGGACCUGUCUCCAUGGCAACAUCAACAGCUGCUGCUGUUGUAGCAGCCAAGUUUGCCCCCACAUCCACUGCCAAUCAGAGGACUUGUGAUAGCCCUGAUGACUCUUCUGUGGACUUAACAAGUGGAACUGCCUCUUUAUCAGAUGGCAAUGCAACUUCCUCCUCUUCAUCCUCCUCUCAAAGCAGAGGGAUGACAGAGGGACCGAGGACUGCAGAUCAGCAGCCAGAUCAUUUGGCUCCACAGAGCCCUGAACUUUCAGAUACUCCACACAGUCCCUGCUCCAAAUCCCCUCUUCCUCCAUCAGCUGCUGUGGCCACCCCCUCUGUCGCCACUUCCAUUACGACUACUGAACUGGAGGGACGGGAGCUAGCAGACAGUGGGGUGGCCAAUGGGUUGGAGGCAGAGCCUGAUACUCCCAUCAGUGCAGAUGAACACAAAGAAGACUGUGAGAGUGGGGGGCAGGCUCAGCAUGUCUCCUUAGACUCUUCUGCCCAGUCAGUAGUGACAGAGCAGGUCCAUUCGCCUGCGAUUCCAGCUGCACCUGCUGCCAACCUCCCAAAGUCUUGGGCUAGCCUCUUUCACAACUCCAAGCCUCUGCCUGGGGGCCCUCAGGCCUUUGUUGAGGUAAAGAAUGUUGUGGAAGUUGUGUCUCUUUCCCUCGCUACGCCAGAGCAGCCUGAGAAAGUUGGGGAGGUCAAAGAGUGCCCUGUCCACGUUUCAGAGGAUCCUAUGGCCCCUAAACUUGCAGAACUUAUUGAGAAUGUGAAGUUGAUACAUAAACCAGUGUCUUUGCAGCCGAGAGGACUGAUCAACAAGGGAAACUGGUGCUAUAUCAACGCUACCCUACAGGCCCUGAUAGCGUGCCCUCCCAUGUAUCACCUGAUGAAGUCCAUUCCUCUGCAUAAUGAAACGCAGAGACCAUGUACCUCCACACCCAUGAUGGACAACUUUGUAAGGCUGGUGAAUGAGUUCAACAACAUGCCUGUGCCAUCUAAAGCCAAACAGCAAGCUGUUGGUGAUAAGGUCAUGAAAGACGUUCGCCCCGGUGUACCUUUUGAACCAACCUACAUUUAUAGACUUCUCACUCUCAUCAAGUCAAGUCUCUCUGAGAAGGGUCGACAAGAGGAUGCGGAGGAGUAUCUUGGCUUUACUCUCAACGGACUGCAUGAGGAAAUGCUGGCUUUGAAAAAACUAAUCUCGCCUCAGGAAGAGAAACCUCCCACACCGAACGGGCCGGAGUCCCAGCCAGGUGUGGAGGAAGACGUUGCUGAUAAGGAGGAAGAAGGUAGUGAGGACGAAUGGGAGCAAGUUGGCCCCAGAAACAAGACUUCCAUCACUCGCCAAGCUGACUUUGUCCGCACACCCAUCACUGACAUAUUUGGUGGACACAUCAGAUCGGUGGUGUAUCAACAAAACUCUAAAGAGUCGGCCACUCUGCAGCCUUUCUUCACCCUGCAGCUGGACAUCCAGUCAGAGAAGAUCCGCACUGUCCAGGAGGCUCUAGAAACCUUGGUGGCACGAGAGUCAGUCCAGGGUUACACCUCUAAAACCAAGCAGGAGAUUGAGAUCAGUCGGAGGGUGACUCUGGAAGAGCUGCCUCCUGUGCUGGUGCUCCAUCUCAAGAGAUUUGUUUUUGAAAAGACUGGAGGCUGUCAGAAACUGACAAAGAACAUUGAUUACCCCGUUGACCUGGAAAUCAGCAAAGAUCUCUUGUCCUCUGGAGUGCGGGGCAAAGUUGUGAAAGGCCAAAGAACUUACCGGCUCUUUGCAGUUGUCUAUCACCACGGGAACAGCGCGACAGGCGGCCAUUACACCACAGAUGUCUUCCACAUUGGUCUUAACGGCUGGCUGCGCAUUGACGACCAGGCAGUGAAGGUCAUCAACCAGUACCAGGUGGUGAAGCAGACUGCAGAGCGCACCGCCUACCUGCUGUACUACCGCCGCGUCGACCUGCUGUAGACACACACAUACACACGCAUCCCGAUAUACAUGCAAGAUUACCCGAAUAUAUUCACACACACACACACACCACACAUGCUCCAAAUGCACUCGUUGACAGGACAUUACAUCUACACAUGACACAAACACACACACCACUAAUGAACAGGAACACUGCCCAACUUGUCCUCUUGCGAGAUUUUCCUCCUCUUCCCUCCUGUCCCCGCUUUCCUGAGAACCAGCUUUUCCAACACCUUUUUUCCUUGUCUCUCUUUUCUUUUUGGAGGAAGAGAAACAAGCUGCAUUCACUAAGAUUUCCCUGUGACUGCUCUCUCUCCUCUGUGCACCACUGCUGUUUUUUGUUUCGUCCUUUUUUUUUGUUUUUACUUUUAAAGCGGCGAGUAAAGGACUGUUGAAUAGACAGAGGUGGGGUUGGGGUUACAUGUUAGGACCUGAGACUCACCUCUGACUGAGCCCACAGCUCGGCUCGGAUAGCAAACCGUGGACUCACACAGGAAGAACUAUCUACCACAGGCUGCAAGUGGACCGUCGGGGUAAUUUCUCUUGCUUGAAUUACCUUUUUUAAGGAAAUUACCUAGAAAUAUCAGUGUUUGCCUUUUAGUAAAGGAGUACUGUUGGCCUAAUGAAUUUGAAGCAGUUUAAAAGCCUAUUUGAAUUUGCCCUUGUGCAUUGAAAAGGCCCAGCACCAGCAUUAUCAUGAGUCUCUCCUCCCAAUGCCAGAUUGUCUUCUUAGCCACCAACACAAACAACUCCUCCAUGUCCUCACUUUUACGAUGCUUUUAAAUCUAGGUACAACUUGAGCCAUCAACAGGAAAAAAAAGAAAAGUGGUACAUUGAGAACCGAACAGCUUCCUUGUUUGAGAGAUCCUUGUUGUGGUUUAUGGGUUUAGAUUUAGAAAGACUAUCUAAAAAAAAAUAUUAAUGCGCUUUAGAAUUUAAUAACAAAUAUGCUUCUGUGCACAAAGUAUAAACUGAUAAAUGAUUACGAUAUGACAGGCAAAUGCAUAUUUUGCAAAUAUUUAGAUUAAAAUGUAAAAAAGAAAAAUACUAAAAAUAUAAAAUCAAACUGACUGAGAACUUGUUUGGGUCCUAAAGGACUAGGCUAGUUUUUUGACUCAGUUAUUGCACUGGAGAGAUGGCAACCAAUCAAGACAGAUUCCACCGCAAAACCUGCCCUUGUUUACUUUGUAAAUUUCCUUCUCUAUCAUUUGUUUUUUUUUGUCUUGUCUAAAGGUUCCACCUGUGUAUAGGUGGCUUAUCAGUGUAGUUUUGAGCCACACCACCCCUCUUACCCCCCAACUCAGCAGAAAGCGGGGGCUGCCUUAGGUUCAAUGUGUGAUGUUUUUCCACUCAGUGUACAAGUCUAACCCUAAUCAGGCGCCAACAGCAAGUCUAAUGUCUGUGAAGAGUUAGGGGAAUGUACCUGACACCUAUGUAUUUACUCUUUUGUGGCUCAGCAUUUCCUCCUAGUCGAGGGAAACUGAGUGUUGAGGGAAGUGGGACUACAUCUGUGCUAAGCUCUGCAAAAAACCCCGGACGUGUGCACAAAAGGAGAUAGUGUUUGCUUUUGUUGAAGAUAUUGAUUUUUUUUUUUCUUUUUUGGAUCAUUAAUUGAUUGUGAUGAUUUUUGUUUGAGUUACUAAAAGAUGUUAGUUUUUUUCUUUGUCAUUGAUCAUUUAUUGGAUGUCCCCAUGCUCUCGCUCCCUUCAGAAAAAAUAUGCUUGCAUUUGAAUUGGUGUUUGAAAAUAAAUUACACAGGCUAAAGCACAACAAUGAAUAAAAUUAAACUAGUUCUUUGCUUGAUAUUUAUUUCCAUUUUUGUCAUUUUUUCUUUUCAUAUUUAAUUUUUUUCCACUCGAGACCCAUUUCAUUCCAACCACCAGUGUCAGAAUCUCAGUAUUAAAACUUCACAAAAUGUAAUCAGCUCAAGUAUUUCUACAUGAUUUAGUCCUGUGUACUAUAACCCACAAAAGUCCUCCUUUUUGUCUCACACAUAGUUAAUUAAAACAAGGUACACAGGUGAGAAGGUGGUUGUCCCACAUUUCCCUGCUUCAGAAUGGUACUUGAUUGUAAGUUUACAAAGACUGAUUCAUUCUUUCAAUUUGAAAUAAAAUGUAAGUCUAUUUUACAAAAUUUUAUAAUUUCACAUUGGAUUAAAAUUAUGUUAAGCCUCUAUGUAGUAUAACAUCAUUAUGUGGUGCAUAGUCUCAAUUGACUUGUGGGUUUCAAAGUCCGAAACCUUCCACAGGUAAACCAAAGGAAACGAUAUAGGCCCUACUGCCUUUCCUCCAAUAUAUAUAUAUAUUCAGAUUUUCUUUUGCCUUCUCCAUUUGAGGUCUUGUUGCCAUGUACACGACUCAUUCCACACAGGAAACUGAGGCAUGCCGUUUAAGAUGGUCAAUACAUCUUCUGACUUAAAUGAUCAGUUGUGCUGCUGACUUUGUAGUCAUUUCUGCACAAAUUGUGACAUUGUUGAUUUUCUUUCCCCUUUUGAAGAAUGUUUGGGAGUUUGGACUUUGAACGGACACCCUGAGCUUUCUGUUGUAUAGUUUUAUCUCAGUCUGUCAUGGCUGGUCAGGAAAUGUGCUGGUGAAAUGCUUCAAUAAUGUCUCUCUUUUCAGUGUGUGCUCCUAACACUAUUGUCUGCUGGGAAUUGUUGGGAUAUUGACCUUUUAAAAAAAGAUCUUUACUGUCUUUUAAUUUUAAGCCUCCAGCAUUCUAUUUUGUUAAUUGUUCAAAUAAAGGAUUGUGCAAAAAGCAGUUUGCUAAUGAAGUGUAGUCAGAAGACUACUUGGCUUUCUUAUAAUACAGUAAAUACUGAAAACAUCUGCAGUCUCUCCGCCCUGGACUGGCCAACAGAACAAUGUGCACAAUAAACCAAAACAACAAAACGA